UACUCUAGUCGUGGUUAAAUCUGUGAAUGUUAUAUAAAGGACAAGAUAUAAAAAGAAGCAAAUAACGAAGAAUAAAGCUAUUUUGAGAUUUAUGACUAAAGGAAAAGUUGUAAGCAACGGACUUCUAGUCGUGACUGCUCACGGACGUACGUCAUAAUGAUCACGUGACAAUUACUAUUUCCGAUAUCUCAACCCAGUGACGAGAUUGUGCAGUAUAUUUUGCGAUCAUAACGUGGUGACAGUGGUGUCGAUUUUGUACCCUGAGCGUGGUGCUUGCGUUUGGUAGUGCAAACACUUCAAAGUAUAAAAGAUUUACAACACCGCUUUAUCAUGCACCGUGAAAUUGUUGUAGGCUAUCGGAAAAAUGCUGCCUAUCCAUGUGCUACAAAGAUUAUUUUUCCUCGUCAACGUUUUGCUUAAUCAACACGGACAUCGUGAAGAGUUUGAUCAUCUUAAUGAAGAUGCCAUUCAAGAGAUGGACAACAUGUUAGCAACGAUGGCAAGAUACGACAUUAGAGAAGUUUUUCGCCAAAUCAUCGCAGGGGACUAUACACUUUUAGAACACCUGGAAGAUGCCCACGGUCUUAGACAAUAUUCUAAUACCUUACAUCAUGGCAACCCCGUACAACAAGAAAAUAUCGAAGGACGUUCAGAGAACGACAACGUCAUGGCCCAAGAAACACAUCAGUGGGAAGAUGAAAGCAACGAGAGUGGAAGAGAUACCCAGGAACGGCUGCGUAACGUUGCUUCGUCACAACGAUCAAGAUCUCAUGGUGACCAUCAACCAGGAAGAUAUAGUGAUUUACGACUUAAAAGAGUGCGGGCAGACCAAGGGGAAUCACGAGCACGAGAACGAUAUUUCGCGCAACCAGUUGGUCUAUUCCAACCAGAAGAGCCCGACAAUGAGCCACCGAGGAACAGAGCUCAGACUGCGCAUUGUUCCAUUUGCGGGAGGCACAUCCAGAUUUUGCAAGACAGCCGUCUGGUUUGGCAAAUAAUUAUUGAAUCUGUGCAAAGGUUAACUCGACAACAGUUUCAAAAGUUUGUUACCGCGGCCAACGAAUAUACAGGCGGUGUUUUGGAUUACCAGAUGCAAGCUCGCGACAUAUUGGAUAGACUCCAGAGAUGGAAUGUGAAUGAAGAUCCAAAAUGUGUCCUUUGCCUGUUAAACUACGCAUUCCAACGAGCUGGCCGCGUUGAUUUGGCUGAGCAAAUUCGUGGCACCUUCGAAUAGUUUGAUUUUUAAACCAUAGAUCAUUCCAGAAGAUGUAUCACAAAUGACGUUUAAAUGACGUUUAAAUAAAACGUUGAGCUUAAUCUAUGGAAAUAUUUGUAAAUAUGGGUACUUCUUCUGAUUACUGUAAUACGCGUUUUUCAUACGCACGUACACACAUGUAAAAGUCUAUAUUUAGCAUCGAAAGAACUUAGUUUUUCGCAUGUUUUAGUACGCAUCUGUUGACACAUGUGUUAAAUAAUAAAAAUUUCGAAGCCAGG